GGUGUUUUAUGUGGGAGAUUUUGGGGUGAAAAUCCCAAAAUAACCUAAGUUCUAUUUAUCUAUAAAUUGCAAUAAGAGUGAAACUCAUUGCAGAACCUUUGUAAGCCAUUCUGUUAUAAUUUGUUUUCAUGUGAGUGCCCAAUUAAAAUCCUAAAAUCCUGGAUUUCUUUCUUAAAAAAUAAAAAGGGCAGCUCUUUCUUCCAUGAGAGGACGGGGGAAAGUUUAUUGAAACUAGACUCUCAAGUUGUGCGAUGUCACCAGACACUUUUUCUAUCUCUAUGGUUUGGGGGCACUUAAAAAAACUUAAUAUCCGGCGUUGCGCUGUAGCUUCCUUUUCCGGCGGCGACAUGGCGAAGACACGCGUGGUGCCCAGCGACUUGUUCCCUUUAGUGUUCGCCUUCUUGAGGGAAAAUCAUUUCGAAGGGGCGGCGCGCACUUUUGGAAAAGCGGCUGGUGUGACGGAGCAAGAUCCUAAUGCUGCUUCUCUCCUUGAUGUCUUCAACUACUGGCUGAAGUCACCUGAAGCCAAAAAACGGCAAGCUUUCCCCAGUGGUCCUCCUGCCAAGAAGGCAAAGAGAGAAUCUUCAUCCAGUUCCGAUAGCUCUAGUGAGGACGAGAAGCCCCCAGCUAGAAAACAAACUGCUAAACAUGCUGCUGUGCGCAAAGUGCCAGUAAAGGCAGUUCCUGACAGUGCAGAGAGCAGCAGUGAGGAUUCUAGUGACUCCUCUGAUUCAGAGCAAGAAAAGAAGAAGCCAGCAAAGGAAACAGAUCUCCAGGUUAAGACAGCUACCCCAAAAACAAAGCUACAGAAGAAGUCUAGAAGUUCUAGUUCAGAUUCUAGUAGCUCAGAAGAUGACGCUCCAAGGAAACGGCAACCAAAGCUGGGAGGAGCCAAAAAGGCAGCAAAACCAGCUUCUAAAUCAGCAAAAGUUGCCAUGGUGAGGCCCAGAAUUACCAAUGGCAAAGCAGGGAGCAGCAGUGACAGCAGCAGCAGCAGCAGCAGUGAGGAUUCCGACACAGGAAAGAGUCCACCCGUGAAGAAUGAGCCAAAGAAAACUCAACCGUCCAAACCUGAAGUUGCUCAGUUAUCCGUGGACAAGAGCAAAGCUCUGAGGAAGUGCAGCAGCAGCAGCAGCAGCGAGGAUUCUUCUGACAGUUCAGUACAUGAAAAGCAAACCUCAAAGACCAAGACUGGCCAGUACAGUGCUGUACCACCCCCUUUGUCAACAGAGUCAAGGAAAGGCAAAGUACAAUGUAUUGCUGUAAAGACUUGUAAGAUAAAAGUGGAGAGCAAUGAGCUGGUGUCUAAGAAGAGAACAAGAACUAAAGGGCCUGUGACUAAACCACCACCUACCCCCAGAUCUGCUGCUAUUUCCACCCAAAAAAGUAGUUCAGAGAGUGAUUCAGAUAGUAGCUCUGAAGAAGACAAGGUGCCAGUCAAGCUCCCUUCCAAAUCUGCUACAGCAAAGGGUACUGCUAAACCAGCUCCAUUGAAGAAAGCAAGCAGCUCCUCUGAUAGCUCAGAUUCUGACAGUUCUGAGGAUGAAGUUCCUGUGAAGUUUUCAAUUAAACCCGCUACAAAGACAGUGAAGAAGCUUCCUGUGACGGCAGCAAAGAAAGCAGACAGUGGCUCUGAGGAUAAGAGAGUUCCUCAAAAAAAACCUGGUGCAAAGACUACCAAGCCAAGAUCCAGCACUAGUAUCCCUGCCUCCAAACCAAGCAGUUCAGACUCCAGCAGCUCAAGUAGCGAAGAAGAACAAAGCAGGGCUGACCAGAAGUUGGCUGGCAAAUUGGCAGGGGGCAGGAGCAUGGUAGCUGGAAAGCCAGCAGUAGCUAACAGUAGCACCUCUUCUGAUAGCUCCAGUGAUGAAGAGCCUAAAUUGGCAGGUGUGGAACUAAAGAAGAAAGAAAAGAAUUGCAGUAAUACUUCUGAGAAAAAGAUACCAAAGGCUUCAUCCACCUCUGCAGGCAAAAUAUCAGCUUCAAAGAAUCUAGCAUCCAAAGUGGGUAGUGAUGGGGAGAGCAGCAGUUCUGAAGAUGAUGAUGAUGGUGGGACUGUGAAUGGAGGCCUGACCAAGAAGAAGCGGAGAAGGGAAGAUGAUCAGGAGCUGGAGACACCAGAUGCCAAGAAGAGCAAGAAACCCAAAACUCCACACACGUUCCCCAAGAUGAAGCGGCAGUCCAGUCCUUUCCGCAGAGUAAGAGCAGAAGAGGUUGAAGUAGAUGUGCGGGUAGCAAACAAUUCAUUUGAUGCCAAGAAAGGAGCUGCAGGUGACUGGGGUAAAAAGGCAAAUGAUGUUCUGAAAUUUACAAAAGGCAAAUCCUUCCGACAUGAAAAGACAAAGAAGAAAAGAGGAAGUUACUGUGGUGGCACUAUCUCCACACAGAUAAACUCCAUCAAAUUUGACAGUGACUAAGCGUUAGUUGUGUCUGCGGGAUCCCAGGUUUUAGCUUGUGAAAAGAUGAAAUGUCGUGGCUUUCUCUUCCACAAAGCAUUGACUUACAUGGCCUCCUGUAUUUUUUACAUGGGACGACGGUUGCCAUUUUACUUAAUGACAAAACUGAGCAAUGUCUGUGAUUGUUUCCUGGGGACUUCCUGGACUUUACUAAUUAAGUACCAUUUUUUUAGGUGGCAGAAGUUCAGUUAUUGCAUACCUCAUAAAGCAAUAUGUGUGUUUUGGGUAAACACCCUUUAUAUUUUCCAACAAAUCUAACAUUAGGUAUACAUUGAAAAUAAAGUCAAUCUGUAUUGCUCCACUGUUGCACUACACAAUUGGCAGGGAAUAAAAUCUUAUCUGCUGUCAAAAGGGUGCUCCAUUCAUCCCAUUUGAUAUUUCUUUUUGGAUGCCUUUUAAGUAGAGCCACUUGCUCCUAUCUUCUCCCCCCCCCCUUUCAAUCAGCUCUUCUUUGGGGGCAUUCAUAAAAUAUUCCUGUGCCCUUUAAGAGCUGGGCAACUUGGUCGAACCCAGGUAUAUUUCCUUUUUCCUUCAGUUUACUGGCUAUAAAAAUAUUCUUUUUAUAGAUCAGACAACAAACUUAUGUUUGUUGCCUUUCAAAUUCUCCAGAAAUCAGGAAGAUCUAAGAAUGAAAUAGCUGCAGAGUGCAGUGCCACUCUUGUAUCUUUGGUAAUUGUAUGACGCUGUCACAGUGAAGAGACCUUGCAUGAUGGCUCUGCAACUGAAUAUGUUGCUUGCAAUGGCCCCUCUGUUUUGAUGGGGUGCAGUUGCACCCGUUGACUUUUUUCAUCUGUCUGUUUUGCUUUUGGGCAACUUGAUGACUUUGUUCCAGUAAGGCUAGUUCUAGUUAAGGCUGUUCUGUUAGAAACUUGCAACCUCAUUCAUGUUAAUCCAAGUUGAUUGUGCUCCAUUGGCAAGUGGGGCCUAGCAGCUUAACAAGAACCCAGCUGCUGAAGGAAGCCAGGUCUGUGCAAGAAGUGCCACCUGAUAACAGAAGAAAGGUGGGAAACAUGAAGAAGUGGUUGUAGGCAGCUAAUUUUUUCUCGAAGGGAAAACAUUCAGUUGUGUGUUUCCCCCAUUUGAACUAUAAAGUGGUACAAUCCAACAAUUUUACUGUGUGGUGAGCUGGCUCUUGAGAGAGCAUUUUAGAUGUACCCUGUUAUGGGUAUCGUUGUAAGUCAAAAUCCAUCCACAGUAGAUCCUAUGUCAGCAAUGUCUGUGGGUAAAAAAAGGUUAUAACGUGUCUUAAUGCUCACAGAAGCUGUUCUUUUCACAGCCUUGGCUCUUGUCUUUUGUCUUCAAAUUCCCUUGGAAUAGUACAAGAAGCUGGCAAGAUGUGACUUUUUAAUUGUGUGGGAGAGGUUGGAUAUUUUAUUUGAAUAGACAAACAUUUAGUAUAAUAAAAAUGUUUUGUAAAUGUU